AUGAUCACCCUCGUUGAGAUGCCCAAGGAUUCGCCGAAGAAGAGCACUCCCCGCUCACCCACCAAGUCGCCCAGAAAACUCAAACAAAUUGCCGCCGCGACCGACGAGUCGACAUGGAGGGCGAGCACAAUCGGAGCAGGCACGACGAUCAACAAGUCUUCUGCACUGAGCCUGUAUAGGCUGAAGGAGCAAGAUUUGGCCGGUCUCCGACGUGAGACAUCACAAGCAGUCGUGAUCAUAAAUGGCGAGAAGAAACCCAAGCCCAUGUUCUUGUACAAUGAACGCGACGUAGAGAGGCAGGCUUGGAAGAAGCACGGGGGUCCAGAGGCGUUCGAAUCAUAUCUGAACAAGUUGAAAGAGAGGUUCUACGCCAAGCCAGAGAACAGACACAAGUUCUUCUCCGCGCCCUCUGCGUACUCCACUGCUACCGUCGGCAUAUUCUCCCUUCCGCCCGCCCCUAAACUCCUGGACCCAGACGAUGAAUGGGUCGUCACGCCCGGUCUCAUCAACAUCAAACCGCAGUUUCCGAGGUGGCUGUGGCGCGCAUGCAAUAAGAAGCUUGACAAGAUAGGAGACUCAGAGUUCAACUUUGAGUAUCACGGGCUUAAGAAGCAGCAGAGGGAGAAGGCCUUGAGAACUGCCCUGGCGACCCUUGUUCCAAAGUAUCCGCCGCGACCUGACAGUCUUCUUCCUUCCUCCCCUUCUGUUGACAAGCUUCGAGACGUCCUCAGUCGUACACCCAAGAGCAGUGACGACGAGGACAUGGAAUCCUGGGAGGACGGUCCCACCGGCGACACUGACUACUACUGGAGCGAUAGAUACUUGGAGCAGCUCUUCCAGGCUCUGAUCGAUGUGAUUGAAGAACAUGGCAUCGAAGGCUGGGAGAACGUGCGCUGGGAAUAUGCCAGCUGCCUGGAUGGCCUUUGCUACAACGACCGGGAAGACGAGUGGCGCGACUCCGCGUUUGCAUGGCUUUGCGGAUGGCUGCAACACGUACCGAACGCCCUCACGACGCGCAGGUGUGGGUACAGCGAGAUUGGUCGACGGUACAACAAUAUGCUUCCUCGUCUCGCCAUUGGCAGAGGUGACUCUGUCAAGGAGGCCCGCAAGAAGGUUCUCAAGAAGACUCCUUACUCGCCGCCCAAAUCGCCUAGGAAAGCCAGGCGAACUGCCGCCGCGACGGACGAGUCUACAUGGAGGGCGAGCAGGGUCAGGAUACACAAGAAGGACUGCUGUUUUGAGGCAGUACAGGCUGAACAAGACUUGGCCAGCAUCCCAUUUGAGAAGGCAGAAACGAUCACAGUAAUAAAUGGCCAGAACGUCAUCAAGCCCAUGUUCUUAUACAACGAACGCGCCGUAGAGAGGCAGGCUUGGAGAAAACACGGUGGUCCAGAGGCAUUCGAGGCAUACUUGGACAAGUUGAAAGAUAGGUUUCACGCUAAGCCUAAGAACGCAGGCGGGAUAUUCCCUGCACCUGACGCUUGCUCUACCGAUAGCGUUUUCCUGUACUCGUCCCCACGCACCGAUAAACUCCUGGACCCGGAUGAUGAAUGGGUUGUCACCCCCGGCCCCCUCCGCAUGAAACCGCGAUUCCCAGAAUGGCUGUGGCAUGUAUAUAACGAAGCGCUCGAUAAAGUGGGGGACGAAGACUUCGUCUUUGACCUCAACAGGCGGCGAAGAGAGGAGGCCAUGAGAGGCGCUCUGAUAACUCUUGUCCCAAAAUACCCGUCGCGACCAGAUAGUUUGCUCCCUUCCUCACCUUCUGUUGACAGGCUUCGAGAAGUCCUUUAUCGUGCACCUAAAGACAAUAGCAAAGACAUGAGGUCUUGGAUGGAUGGUUCCACUGGCGAUAUCAUUUACUACUGGAGUGACAGAUACACGGAACAGCUUUUUGAAGCUCUUGUGGACGUAAUCGAGGAGCACGACAUCGAAGGCUGGGAAAGCGCGCGUUGGGAGGUGUACGACAAGGCAAGUGUCUCCCUUGGCUGUAGCUUUCCACGAUUGGCUGACGAUAUCGGUGUUACAGUACGCUAG